GAACCGACAAUCAUCUCUGGUUAGCAAAUAUAGGUUAGCACUCCGGUCAUACAGACGAAAACAUGGAGUCCGCUGUGGUGCUCUUUGUUUUAAUGGUUGGCUCUGUAUGUGGAGAAGCUGCAGCAGAAAAACAACUAGUAUAUGUGACUGUGUUGUUCCGGCAUGGUGACAGGUCUCCAGUCAAAGCCUAUCCUACAGACCCUUAUCAAGAGGGCGACUGGCCACAAGGCUUUGGACAGUUAUCACAGGUGGGGAUGAUGCAGCAUUUUGAACUGGGCCAAUUCCUGAGGAACCGAUACAAAGGCUUCCUGAACGACUCCUACGACAGGAAGCAGAUCCACGUUCGCAGUACGGACUACGAUCGCACAAUGAUGAGCGCUGAAUCCAACCUUGCAGGUCUGUACCCCCCGUCUGGUCAGCAGGUCUUCAAUCCAAAUAUGCCCUGGCAGCCGAUACCUGUACACACGGUGCCAAAAAGUGAAGAGGGGCUUCUCAAUUACCCUCUGGAUGACUGCCCUCGCUACAACCUGUUGAUGAAUGAAACUGAAAAAACGGAGGAAUUCAUCAAUGUCACUUUGGCAUACCAGGAUAUUAUAGAUCUGGUGAAGAACAAAACAGGACUCAAUAAGACUACUGUGGAGUCAGUCUGGAGCGUGCACGACACACUGUUCUGUGAGUCCCGUCACAACAAGUCUGCUCCUGAUUGGGUGACUCCUGAAGUCAUGGAGAAGCUCCAAUGGCUCAAAGACUUUGGAUUUCGGAUCACAUUUGGGGUCUACAAACAACAAGAAAAGAGCCGGCUGAUGGGAGGUAUGCUAUUGGGAGAAAUAGUGAAGAAACUUUCAACAAUGGCCGUCCCAGACCCUGACCAGAGGCUGAAACUGAUGAUGCUGUCAGCGCACGACACCACGGUAGCCGCUCUUCAGGCCAGUCUGAAUGUGUUCAACGGAAGACAGCCACCUUAUGCCUCCUGUCAUAUAAUUGAGCUUUACAGGGAUGAAAACGGCUCUGCCUCUGUGUCCAUGUUCUACCGGAAUGACAGCACAGUGGAGCCAUACCCUCUUCAGAUACCAGGCUGCUCUCUUGACUGCCCCCUAGAUGACUUUGUGAGAAUUACAAAGCUCUCCAUUUCAGACGACAGAGACAAAGAGUGCCAACUGCCGUCAAAAGGGAGAGAUACAGAAGUGAUCAUCAGUCUGGCGGUGUCUUGUUCUUUGCUCAUCUUCCUCGUCGCCUUCCUCCUCGGAGUCAUUUGUUGGCAGAAGGAGCCAACCAACAACCGGGGAUACAGUCAUGUCAUCAACCAGGACGUGGGAGAUGAAUCCUGACAGAAGCAAAUACUCCUUCCCCGGAGAUCGGAAAGCCCGGCAUCUUGGGACAGCAGCGAUGAAGAAGGACUUUGAACUCUUAAACUCCCGAGUGACCUUUCUGACGGUUCGGUAGCCACAACAAUUAAAAUCUUUAAAGAGUGAGUUGUCGUCCAAAAUGACCUGAUUUUGUUGGGUCAGAGAGAGGAAUUUAAAUAAGAUUUUAGGGAAGCACAGGUUUUAAAAUGCCUACCUGUCACUCUAAACUAACAUUAGUGCUGAGAGACAGGCUGUUGGAGGGACCAGGACUGAUUUCCACAUCAAGAAAACACAGCAGGGAAAAGGGUCUGUGUUUUAUGUUUGACAGAAAAAGGAACUGUGGUUUUCCCAUUGUGGUCUGAUCUCCAAUCAGCUAAAUAAGCUAAUUUCUACACAUAUUUUCCCAAAAUGUGCUCAUACAGACACUGCAUCUGGGGUUUUUCAAGCAUAGUGGGACUCGAUUGGAUGCAGAAAAUAGUGAUACAGUUGUAAUCUUAAAUUAUGUAAUCAUGAUACAUGAUGGAAAAUGGAUAAAGGUUUUGGGAAUGUCAUCGCAAAUUCAUGCUUUUCUUCCUGGCUUGUCUAAUAUUUCUUAAAAACAGCCCCAAUAAUACUUAACCUGAUGACGCCCAAGAUGUUGACUAAAAAGGCAAAAAAUGUCUCGAUACUGAAUCCAGAAUGUUUCCAGCCCUGGUCUGUUUCCAAAUGCCUUAAUGCCUUAAAUAUUUUUCAUUCUGGGGUGUUCAUUUGUUUGGAUGACAAAUAUUUUUGUAACAUUUCACAUCUUUGAGCAGCAGCUCGAUGUUAAAAGUGUCACUUAUCCAGAAAGAGCUGGUUUUAACAAAUAAUAGUAAAAUAAAAAAUAAAAAUUGGGCGUAAACAAGAAUCACAUUUCAUGAUAAUGUAAAUCAGCUUCACAUAAUAUACAUUUUUAAGGGGGAUACUAGAAACACUGGAAAUCUUUACAAUGUCUUUGAAUCUGGCUGCCUUUUUGUUUUGUGUGUUUCUGAACUAAUCAUUUAAAAGAAAUCUAAUUUAUUCCAAAUGCAGGCUUGACAAGGAUCUUUUUUUUCAGGAUUCUGGAUAUUUAAUUAGGUUACAUAUUGUCUAAAAUCAUUGUUACAUAAAACAAGAUCUUUACUGGAAAAUCUAUAUAUUAUGAUUUCAAAUUUUGCAAUAACAGUCAUACGUCGGCCUACUCCGAGCUAUCUGUACGAAAUUAUUCAUCAGACUUUGAGAAUGUGUUGCUUGUUCAAAAAAUAAAUGCUCAAUCAUUGCAAAUGUUGUUUGCAGAAACACA